GCGCAGUGUCAGCUACUGGGGUGCAGCUGAGGUUGACUGGAGCCUGCCCGCGGGUGUAGACAACACUCGUUCGGCUCAGUGUAUGUCUAACCAGCUGUGAAGAGGUGCGAUCUGCUGCAUUAAAGGAGAGUCUGGGGUAGCUGCUGGACCCCGAGGACCACUCACCUUCAGAACCCUCCGGAAGUUGGAAGACAGGUCCAUCUUUUCCUGCAACUGCUCUUUUGAAAUGCAACAAGAACAGCUAGCCCAGUGAAUCAUCCUAACCCGUGUUUAGGUGGCUAGAGCUUCACAAGUCGUGAUGAAUGGGAGUUGUUAAAAUUUUAAUGCAAAAGCUAAGAAGGGCUGCUGUGUUCAAUGGUUAAGAUCAGAGUACUCUUCACAGCUUCACAGUCCUGGAGGCUCCUUUUGUGUGGUGUUAAGGAAAUCGUCAGCCAUGGAUGUAUUCAUGAAAGGACUUUCAAAGGCCAAGGAGGGAGUUGUGGCUGCUGCUGAAAAAACCAAACAGGGUGUGGCAGAAGCAGCAGGGAAGACAAAGGAGGGUGUUCUCUAUGUAGGCUCCAAAACCAAGGAGGGAGUGGUUCAUGGUGUGACAACAGUGGCUGAGAAGACCAAAGAACAAGUAACAAAUGUUGGAGGAGCAGUGGUGACAGGCGUGACAGCAGUGGCACACAAGACGGUGGAGGGAGCUGGGAACAUUGCAGCUGCCACUGGCUUUGUCAGAAAGGACCAGCUGGGCAAGAAUGAAGAAGGAUCCUCCCAGGAAGGAAUUCUGGAAGAUAUGCCAGUGGACCCUGACAAUGAGGCCUAUGAAAUGCCUUCUGAGGAAGGCUAUCAAGACUAUGAACCAGAAGCCUAGGAAAUACCUUUGCUCCCAGUCUCUUGAAAUCUGCUGACAAAUGUUCCAUUCCUGUGCAAGUGCUCAGUCCCGGUGCGCAGUCCUGACGUUUGCCCUGAGUUUUUACAGUGUAUUUCCAAGUCUUCCAUCGGCAACAAUUGAAGUCUCCAUCCCUGCCCCUCAGCCCUGCGGUGCACCCUCACUUCAGUGAAGGUGUGGUGGCAGGCUCCUUGUGUGCUGUGGAUAUUGUGGCUUCAAAUCUAAAAUGUUAAAACAGAUUAAAAACACCUAAGUGACUACCACUUAUUUCUAAAUCUCUACUAUUUUUCUGUUGCUGUUGUGAUUUCUUCUCAUAUAGUAUAAAAUUUUAGGUGUCUUUAAUGAUUCUAAGAAUAAUGAUAUAUUGUGAAAAUUAAAAUAUAUAAUAUAUCAAAAUAUGUGCGCAUGAAUCUAUGCACCUAUAAAUAUUAACUGAAAUUUCACUGUUUUGUGAUGUGUUUUAUUAACUAGUGUUUGUAUAUAAAUGGUGAAAAUUAAAAUGUUAUCUCAUUAUAAAA